AGCAAAGGGUUAAGUGCGGCGCUCGCCGCCGCCUUCCCCCGCUCCGCUCUCGGCUGCUGCCAGGCGGAAGCUGAAGCCAGCAGCUGAGGUCCGAGGCUCUGUUGCCUGCAUGUGGAGGCUGCUGGGGCUCGGCGGAGGAGGGCAGAGGCUGGCUGGCCAGGGCAGGGUCCGGCGGGCAGCCCACGAAGCCCUCUGGGCACAGCCCCGGGGAUGGCUCCGGGCUCGCCGCGCCGCAGCUCUCACCUCUACUACUACAGCAUCAAGUUCGCUCUCUCCGCCUACGCCACCCUCUUCUCGAUCCUGGGCCUCCUGAUCCUCUGCGUUGGGAUUUAUGCUGAAGUGGAGAGGCAAAAGCAUAAAACCUUGGAAGGGAUCUUCCUGGCUCCAGCCAUCAUCCUCCUCCUUCUGGGCUUCACCAUGUUUGGGGUCUCCUUUGUGGGCAUGGUGGGAAGCCUCCGGGACAACCGCACGCUGCUCAAGAUGUUCUUCUGGGUCCUUCUGGUGAUCUUCCUCACCGAGCUGCUGCUCCUCUUCAUCGAAAUCAUCUUUGAAAGCAAGAUGAAUGCAGUUCUGCACUCCAACAUCCAAGAGGGCAUCAGACACUACUACGACGACCUCGACUUCAAGAACAUCCUGGACUUUGUGCAGGAGAAGUUCUCUUGCUGUGGUGGUGAUGAGUACCGAGACUGGGAGGUGAACCAGUACCACUCCUGCAAUGGCACUGGGCCCCUGGCAUGUGGGGUGCCCUACACCUGCUGUGUCAGGAAGGUCCCUGGAGGAGUCAUCAACACCUUGUGUGGCUACAGGACCAUCAAGAAGGAGCGCUUGGAGCUCCUGGAAGUCAUCCACGUGCGAGGCUGCAUCCACGCCGUGGGGCUUUGGCUGAAGGACAACUUCGAGGCCACUUUGGGCAUCGUUUGCUCCUUGCUGCUUCCACAGGUGGUUGGCCUGGUGAUGGCUUGGCUCUACUGGCAAAAGCUGGAUGAGAUCUACUCCAACCUGGACGUGGUUGACUUCAGGAUCUUGGAGAUGAGAGACUUCAGCUUGGGAGCCUUGGAUCUGAGCGGCGCCGGCUGGUGCUGGUGCUUGCCCAAGGAAGGAGGCUACAUCCCUGUCAAUGCAGAGGAAGAAGAGGAGGAGGAAGAGCAGGAGGUCAACAUCUGCCAGAGCAAAGUGUGAGAAGGAGGAGGAGGAUUGGAAGGAAGCUCAGAGCCAAGCCCUGAGGGAUGGUGGAUGCAGGCAGGAGAACGAUUUGAUCUUCUCAGGUUCAGGAGAUGCUUUUGGGGGGACACACUGGAGAGUUCCAUGCACUGAGAGCUCCUGGGGGGGGGUUUGCUUCUGCUAGCUUGGGGGGUGGAAGCAUUUGGUCAUUUCUGUGGUUUGGGGGGCUU